AUGGUGAAGAAUAAUUAUCUUUAUGAAAUAAUUGGCGUAUCUCCAAAUGCCGUUGCUGCAGAAAUAAAAAAAGGAUAUAGACUUAGGGCUCUUGCUUUACAUCCUGACAAAAAUCAAAAUGACGAAACUAGCAAGGAAAGGUUCCAGGAAUUACAGAAGGCGUAUGAGAUAUUGAGGAAUGAAGAAUCUCGCAAGUUAUAUGAUGAAACUGGAAUAAUUGAGGGAGAAGAAAAUAAAAAUUUUGAGGAUAUUAUUGAUUACUUUAAACAAUUUACCAAAAAAAUAUCAGAGAAAGAUAUCCAAGAAUAUAAAGAACAGUACCGUGGGUCUGAUGAUGAGUGGGAAGAUUUAUCAAAUUUCUACGUACGUUUUAAUGGGAAUUGUAAACUAUUACUUGAGUAUAUUCCCUUUUCCGAGCCGGACGAUGUCGAUUAUUAUGUGUGUAUGAUUGAGGAUGCCAUAAAAGAAGGAAGACUUCCUCAAAAAAAGGAGUUCAAAGGAUCGAUCAAGGAAUUGCAUAAUCAAGCAAAGAAAUGGAAGGCCAGAAUGAAACGCGAUAAGUCUAAACAUUCAAACGAUAUGAAGGAUCUUGUUCAAGCAAUUCAAAGCAGUUCUAAAAAGAGAAUGGGGAACUUUGCAAACAUAAUUAGCAGGUUUAAUGAUGCUGAUUUUGAAGAGGUUGAUGAAAGUAGGUUUCAGGAGAUACAGGAAAAUCUUGUAAAGAAUAAAAAGAAAAAACGAUAA